CCAGGGGAGGUUUCAAUGGCGGUGUAUUUUGGACCCUUCCAGGGCUGACUUUACCGCAAACAUCCACUCCCUCUGCCCUUUCUCUUCAUCCCAUCCGAUAACACGCAAAAUCCACUCAAGUUCCUGCUUCUGUCGGUGGAAAUAAUCUCUUACGGAAUUGCUUAUUGUUUGAUUAGUAGUGAUUAUGUUCAGCAUAAUGAGUGGCGAAAAAGGAACUGGAAUGGAAGAUGAGCACAUCAGAAGGCAUCACAUGCAUGAGGUCAAAGCCAACCAAUGCUCGUCGUCUCUUGUUAAACAUAUUAAAGCCCCAGUUCACCUUGUGUGGUCUCUAGUAAGGAGGUUUGAUCAACCGCAAAGGUACAAGCCCUUUGUGAGCAGGUGCGUGGUGCAGGGUGAUCUUGAGAUCGGGAGUGUAAGAGAAGUUAAUGUCAAGUCUGGACUUCCAGCUACCACUAGCACUGAAAGAUUAGAGUUUCUGGAUGAUGAGGAGCACAUCUUUAGCAUGCGGAUUGUAGGUGGAGAUCACAGGCUAAAGAACUACAUGUCAACCGUCACUGUUCAUCCAGAGGUUAUUGAUGGGAGGCCAGGGACAUUGGUUAUUGAAUCAUUUGUGGUGGACGUGCCAGAGGGAAAUACCAAGGAUGAAACAUGUUUUUUUGUUGAGGCUCUAAUAAAGUGUAACCUCAAGUCACUUGCUGAUGUCUCAGAGCGCCUAGCUGUGCAGGAUAGAGUUGAGCCACUUAACAGAGAUUGAGACAUGAUAGAGGUACACUUGAUUUGCAGCUUCAGGUAUCCAAUUAUCAUCAUUGAAGUAGAAGAUUUUUCAUUUCAAUGACUAGAAAGAGCGGUAUCUUGCCAAUCCUCAAUCUUUGAAGGAUAUGCCACUGCAUAACCUAAUCAUUUGAUGGCGUAUGCUUGCUCUUUAGCGUCUCACGUCCCAUCAGACUUUUAAACCAUAAGUCUAGCAUGUUAUUCUCGAGUUUGGCUUGUAAAUAUAUUUGCCUUUUAAGUGUUGUGUAAUUCCAGGUGCAUGUAAUGCUUGGCUAAGGACAUAUUCUCUGGGUUUUCCUUCAUAUUGUCAUAUUAUACUGUGAAGAUGUUUGUACUGGAUAGGUGAUAUGCCAUGAUAGAUUAAUAGUUGCAUUCCUAGAAUACAUCCCGUUGUACCAUUUCUUUUUAAAGAAAAAAAAUAGGAUACUCUUUUUGUUUACUGAAAA